GUCCACAGCAGACCUCCUCAGGAAAGUGGAGAAAGGCAGUAGGAAAACGGAAAAUAUGCCUGUCGAUCUGAACGGAUAUUGGAAAAUGAUUUCCAAUGACAACUUCGAGGAGUACAUGAAGGCUCUUGAUGUAAACGUAGCCAUUAGGAAAAUCGCCAACUUGCUGAAGCCGGACAAGGACAUCAUCCACGAAGGGGACCACAUCAUCAUCAAAACCCUCAGUACCUUCAAAAACUACAACAUGGACUUUUAUGUGGGCAAAGAGUUUGAGGAGGAUCUGUCUGGAGUGGAUGACAGGAAGUGCAUGACCACGAUCACCUGGGAGGGAGACAAGCUGGUGUGUGUGCAGAAGGGAGAGAUUGAAGGCAGAGGCUGGACCCACUGGGUGGACGGAGAUGAGCUACAUCUGGAGCUGAGAGCUGGUGGAGUUGUUGCCCAUCAGGUCUUCAAGAAAUCCUAAAGUGGCUCCUAUAGAACUGGACUCCUUCCUCCCAAUCCAGGCUGAGAUUAUUUGCUUGCAGAGUCACAACAGAAAAACCCAGUGUCCCUUUGGGAAUGCAUACAUGUGUAAAAAUAAGAGUUUUCCUCCUACUUAUAUAUUAUUACUCCUUUGAUAUUGUUGCCUUACUCUUCCUAAGUGAAUUCAUGUAAAGUACAACGAAGGGCAGGCUCAGGUGUGUAUCAUAAAUUAUCAUUAAGUGCUAGUCUGUUUAUCUGUCUCAGGGUAUUUCUGUUGAUUUAACAAGUUUAGAUGUGUUAGACACAAGAAUAUUGCUAUUGGCAAGUCUGACUGGUGACUGAUGGGAAAAUAAUGGAUGCAAGAAGACAAAGAGAGCAGAAAAUAUACAACAUAAAAGGGUUGAUCCCAUUUUAUCUCUUAUAAUGAUUGCCGUGGAUAGAAAAGAAGAAAAUUUUGAGGGGUUUAAACUAAUUUGCUUUGACUGCAAUG